AUGGAGCACGAGUCACAGUCUGUAUUUCUCCGCCCGCAACCACCACGGUUCUUUAAAGCAUGUCGACGGUGUCGCAAACUCAAGAUGCGCUGCGACGCCCGUCAGCGAUCGCCGUGUUCGCGUUGCAAAUCCGGCGGCCACGAGUGUCUGGUGGAUGCGAUUCAGCGACGCUCACCCGACCAUCCGAGAUAUGGUCCCCUCGAUGCACUCUCUUCUAGUUCGUCUGGCCGUUCACCCGCUGCCAGCGAGACGUCACCGACGUCGGGCUCGCGACGAAACAGCCGACCGGGGCUGGAGAUGCAGCAGUUCAGUCCGCAGGAGAUGAUCGCGCCACAGUCAGUGAUGCACUCGAUCUCAGUGAACCUUGGGGCAUCGACGGAGGAUAUCUUCGUGGGGGAAUCGUCAUCAUCAUCGGCGGAUCUCAAGAGCGACGUGGUGGAGCGUGGACUCCUGGCCGAAGAACAGGCACGCAGCAUCUACGAACGGUUCAUGACGGGCAGUAAGAAUUUCCUACCUUUGUUCGAUCCCAUCCGCGACACGUUCGACUCUAUCCGCAGCCGGUCGCCAUUCUGCUUCUCCGUGGUUUUGUACCUGGCUAGUCGGGCGGUGCCUGAGUUCCGCGGUGACGGACACCUGCAGCGCGUGCUGCAGGACGAGGCGCAGCGACUGGCAGAGGAUAGCUUCUUCGAGCGGCCGACGAAGCUGGAAACGGUGCAGGGGAUGAUCCUGCUGGCGGCGUACUCGGAGAAAACGUGGUUCUCAACCGCGUUAAUUCUCCGCACGGCGCUGGACUCCGGACUAGAGAAGUCGCUGGAUCGACUACUGGCGCAAACGGAGAUGCCGCGCAGCUACAUCUCGGCGUCGCUGGAGGACCGUAUGCUUGUGUGGCAGACGCGCACCUGGCUGAUCAGCUUCACGCUGGAGCUGGACGUGGCGUCCGGGACGGGACGAAAGUCGCGACUCAGCGAAGUGGAUAUGGUCAAGCUGCGACAGUUCCUCGAGUAUCCGCUGUCGCUGCCCAGCGAUAUGCGCAAUGUCUGCAUUAUUGAGCUGCAUCAGCUGCGGGCGAGGUCGCGAUUGAUAAUCGAGAGCUCGUCGGUGGAUCAUCUCACGGCCGUGGAGUUACCGGCAGUGAUGCUGAUGCUGAACUACGCCAAAAUCUACGUCCUGUGCGCUUCUAUCGCACGCAUCCAGAAACUCGACUCGACAUGGGAGUGCGACAGCCUGUGGAAGUCUCUCGUCGAGGUGAUUAUGAACCAGCUAGCGCUGCUGGUGCAGGAGACGGCCUAUCGAUGUCAAUUGACAUGGGCACCAACGUAUCCGGCCUUGACCAUUGCUUUUGUUACCACUUUUGCCGUGCGCAUCGCCCGCUGGCGACCCUCGCUGAUCGACCAGACACUGCUGCUGCAUCGCGCGCAACAGAUCAGCGAGUUUAUCAAGCAGCCUCCGUAUCCGGAUAUCCAUCGCACAGUGUCCAUCUUUGUGCGUUAUGCCAGUCUGCCUACAGACCAACCGGAGACGAAUCAACCAGAGUUGGAGGAGACGGUGGACGAGCCUUCUACGGGGACAGCGAACGGGAAUGGAAUGAACUGGACGAUGGCUGAUUCGUUUGGACUCUUCGAGGAGGGACAGACGGACGUGUUUGAUUUCCUACCGGCGAUGCCAUCAUAA